AUGAAACUAUACUCUGUUCUUGUUAUUUGUUGUGUGCUCUUCGUCUUCUUUGUCUCGUGCGCCGUUCCAUAUCCUCAAAGAAUAAAACGUGCAUACGAUGAUUUUGCGCUUGCGUUGUUUGAAGAACACAAUGGAAAAGGAUUUACCGUAAACGGACUGGUUAUAAUCUAUAGUCAAGGAAAGAAAACUAUUAUUCACGGACACUGGAAUACUGGACUUGAGGGUAGCUGCUGGAAAGAUUUCGAAAUCUUUAUCACUCCACGCAACCAAGAACAAAUAUUCGACCUAACGCCCCAUAUUUCAACAGUUGAAACUGGUCAAAUUACGCGUUGGAAACUAGAGGUUUCUAAAAUUUCGGUUAGUUCAUUAAAACACCAAAGGAUAAUUGUCAAGCACAAAAAUGCAAAAAUAGGUUCGGCACUUAUCUAUGGCUGA